GCAUCAAGACAAUAUAUGUACACACAACAACACCAGUCGAAUCACAUAAAAAAAUUUGUAAAAAUACAACAAACAACAAACAGAGGCGGAGAACCUGAAAGCGAAUACUAAUCGCAACAUUUUUGGCAGCGUUCAAGGAACGAGAACGGAAACGAUAGCGAAAUAUCGAGAUUAGUGUCAGCGAGUACAAAUACGCGAGUGAACGCGGAACGGAACGAAGCAAACCAAAGCGUAGCAGCGCGGCAAAAAGCGGAAAGCGCUGCGUAACGGGAUCUGACUUAGUGUUUUUGUUUUUGUGCCAUAACCUUUGUGUGAGAGUGUCAAGAAGAGCAAGGUCCAGAAACACCAGAUACAUGUACAUAGAUACUACAAUCGAACCUAUGCCUCUCGGAACCCCAAAACAAGACCUAUUGAAUUUACAAACUUAAGCCUUUAGGGUGUCACAAAAAUUCUAUUCUUUUCUGAUCAACCACGGUUGCACUUUUUAUUGACGAACAAAGCAGUUCUAACAUAAAGAUUUCUGCGAUACCGCAAAAUAAAAAGGCUCAGAAUAAAAUCACAGUUGAGGAAAUAUCGAAGGAAACAAAUGUUGCCCAAUUUUAGAAAGAAAUGAGAUGCAGGACCGUCUUGCUGAGCUGAAAUCGUGUGCGUGUGAGUGAGGAAGUGUUCGUCGUUUAGUGACAGAGUGUCAGUGUGUUUGUAAGUGCCCCAAUUGCCUCUGCUCCGCCAUCCACCACCCACAAGAUUCCAUGCAGCCGCGGAUUCUACGUGCCAUUGUGGAUCAUCUGGAUCUAUAGCGCAAAUUGAGAUAUCGCUCACCGCCUCACUUAAGCCGAGCUGAAAAGAGAACCCAAGCCGGAGGGAGAGAGGAGAGGUCGGAGAUCGAAAGGCGGGAAAACGGAAAAUAAGCGAAUAGCGACGAACAGAGGAGAUAGGUGCGGGAGUCGUAAGAAGCGCAAAAGAAAACGACAAAGGAAAGGAAAGGAACGAAAAGAGAAAAUCAACACCAUUGAAGUGCGGAUUGAGAUUGAGAUUCAGAUUGGGCUUCGGCUUCAUACAACGGCGCAUCGCAGUUUACGAGUGUCCAUCACCACUACAACACCGUGCAGCAAUGGAAGACUAUUGGGGUCUUAGCAGCACUACGGAUAUAAACUGCACUCAGCCCGCCAUCGAUGACUUCCCCAGAGAUCUGUUCUCAGAGGCGCAAAGACAGUCCGGUGCUGUUGUACUUCAUGUUAUAGCCAGUUUAUAUUUAUUUGUAGCCUUAGCCGUAGUGUGUGAUGAGUACUUUGUGCCAGCAGUUGAGAAAAUAUGUGCAGCUCUCAACAUGUCCAAUGAUGUGGCGGGUGCCACGUUCAUGGCCGCGGCCACCUCCGCCCCAGAGUUAUUCGUCAACGUGAUAGGAACCUUUAUCACGGAGGGCGACAUCGGAGUGGGCACGAUUGUCGGAUCGGCGGUAUUUAACAUCCUGGCUGUGGCCGCGUGCUGCGGAAUCGGAGCUGGCAUGACAAUACCCCUGGACUGGUGGCCACUGACGCGGGACAGCAUUGCAUACGGAGUCACAGUGGCCAUUCUCAUUUGUGUGAUGCACGACGAGCGCGUCGAGUGGUAUGAGGCCCUCAUCCUGGUCUCCCUGUAUGCCGUCUAUCUGGCGGUCAUGUAUUUCGACAAAACGUUUCAAAAGUGCGCCAAAGGUGGCGUUAAGCAGGCGCGUUCUCGCAGCCGGUCCUCCAACUGCAGCAUACAUACAAAGAACAGCAAUGAGAAGGAACCAGAGCUCGUGGAAAACCGCAUUUGCCAGAACAUGGCGAAUAUGCAGGUAAACGGAGGACUCAACAAUGACCAGGCCAAGGCCACAAGCACUGCCGGGGCCGGCACCGCCACCAUUUCCAUCACCACCUCGACCAUGACCACAACAUUAAGCACCACCCACAGUGCCGGAGCAGGAGGAGUAGGUGGAGGUGAAGGUGAAGGUGGAGCAGUUGGUAUUUCUUCAGGACCAGGCGCUAUAGCACAGAUGGCACCACUAGACGGUGCCGAGGCAGAAUCUCAGGUGGCUGUAGCCACGGUGGCCGCUGACGAGGACCGUGAGGAGGAGGGUUACUCGCUGCUCACCUACCCAAAGGAUAAGAGCUGCUUCUCCCAGUUUACCUGGCUCAUCAUUUGGCCGAUCCAUCUGCUAUUUCGCAUUGCCAUCCCUGACUGCAAAAAGGCCAAAAACAACAAGAUCUUCCCACUGACCUUCAUCAUGUGCAUAGUUUGGAUCGGAUCGCUUUCCUAUGUAGUUGCGUGGAUGAUAACCAUAAUAGGAGACACUCUUAAGAUUCCUGACUCGGUAAUGGGGAUUACGUUCCUGGCAGCUGGUACCAGUGUUCCUGAAGCGGUGUCUAGUGUUAUUGUGGCGAAGCGCGGUCACGGAUCGAUGGGGAUCUGCAACUCUAUUGGGUCAAACACCUUCGACAUCCUGCUGUGCUUGGGAGUUCCCUGGCUGAUCAAGGCAGUAUUUUUCCCAAUCCAACCGGGCCAAAACUACGUGGCUAUAAACUCCGCCGGAUUGGAGUACUCGGCGAUCACUUUGCUGUCGACACUGUUCCUGCUUUACCUGACCUUCUCGACGAACAAGUUCAAACUGGAUAAGAAGGUGGGCACCGCCUGCCUGGUGAUGUAUCUGGUCUUCAUGGUUUUCGCCUCCCUCAUCGAACUUAAUGUGUUCUUCCGCGUCAACCUGCCCACCUGCGGUCGGUCAUAAAAGGGGUCUGCAUCCAAGAAUUGUGGGACAUACGAAGGACGACCUAUAAAGUGUGACGUUUGGACUAGCGAUGUACCAUUUCGGAUGGAUGGAGUGAAGAGAUGACAGUCUUUUGACGCUGGCUCCGUUUUCGAUUCAGUUUUCGGCAGCUGGCUGGAACAACCCUAAGUGCAGUCGUUUAAUUAAUUAAUAUGUAUUUUCUGUUCUAUUCUAUCUACCUUGAUAGUUGAGUUACGUUAUACGUUAUGCUGUUAUUGUAAUAAUAUUUUUUUUUUAUUAUUAUUAUUAAAGUAGACUCUUUCACAACCUUCGGUUGAAGACCAAAAGAUAAAUUUAAAUGGAUGAAAAGGAAUUAAAUAAUUUACGGAGCGGAGCAAAGGGAGAAAUGAAAACUAAAA